GCUUGCUGGAUGGAGAGGUUAAGGUUGAGGCCUCCCGGAGCCGGGAGGGAGCCAGACUGUCCUAUUUUACCUCCAUCCCAAAUUAGCCGCCCAGGACAGCAGCAGGAGACCAUCAGAAGACAACACCAAUGCUGCAUUGGCAGCCACAGGCGACGCCGUUCCAACGUCCUCAAAUCCAAGACCAGUCCACCAACGCAACGCCAUUUCUACUCUGUCUCUGCUCUCCCUCUCUCACCUCCGAUUCUGUCGCUAAAACUAGAGGAAGAGAUUUCUUCCGAAUCAGUCUCGCAACAUGUCAAUUUUUAACCAUUUCCUCCUACUCUCCCAAUUGGGUUUCUUUAAUCAGACACCCCCUCCAUUUCCUCCCUCUCUACCCCAGCUCCCGCCUUCUCUCGCCGCCGCGGGCGAUUGGGUUCCGACCCAUCUCCCCCAUGACCCUUCUCCCCCAUCAUCAUUAAUCCGGCCCCCAGUUGUUUGCACACCUGCAACUCCACUGGGUUGUUCGAAACAAGAAUAAAAAAUGCCACCGAAACCGGUGUUCUUCUUCCUCGUUUUGUCAUUCUUGUUUUGCUUCAGGGUUCUGGUAUGCGAAGCCCAAGACGAUGACGGUGAUACUACGCCACCGCCGCCGGCGGAAGAAAACUGCGACGGGAUCUUCCUGUCGUACAACUUCAUCUCGCGGGAGAAGGAAUUCCCGCAUGUGAAGAAUGCGUCGGCGCAGGCAUGGGCUUUCAAGUCGACGGCGAGGAUUCUGAACACGGGGACGACGGAUCUGAACGCAUGGAAGAUUUUCAUUGGGUUUCAGCACAAGGAAAUACUGGUGUCGGCGGGCGGGGUUGUGAUCAUGGACGGAACCGAUUUCCCGGCGGCCGUCGGGAACGGAACGUACCUGUCGGGAUAUCCUCAGGCGGAUUUGAAGACAUCGAUUGAGACGGCGGGGGACUUGACCCAGAUUCAGACGCAGAUAGACAUAACCGGAACGCAGUUCGGGGUGAAGCCACCGGGAAUUCCGAUGCCGAAGACGAUUCGGCUCCAGAAUGAUGGGUUCAAGUGCCCGGCUCCCACUGUUCGCCGGUCCUCAAUGUAUGUAUGUUGUGCAAAGGACCCAAAAUUCAAGGCUAAACCCCUGAAUGCUACCAAGUAUUUGCCUCGCCAGAAUGGUGAUCUCUCCUUCAGUUAUGAUGUAAUCCAAGCCUUCCAAGGAAACUACCUCGCCCAGGUCACUAUUGACAACAACAAUCCCCUCGGCCGCCUUGAUCACUGGAACUUGACUUGGGAAUGGAUGAGGGGAGAGUUCAUUAACACCAUGCGAGGAGCCUACACUCACAAAAGGGACUACUCUGAUUGCAUCUAUGGCGCUGCUGGACAGUACUACAAAGACUUAGACUUCUCGAAUGUCAUGAACUGUGAGAAACACCCUGUCAUUGCUGAUCUUCCCCCAACUAAAGCCAAUGAUGACAAAGUCGGGAACUUACCCUACUGCUGCAGAAAUGGUAGUCUUCUUCCUAGCACAAUGGAUCCCAGCAAGGCCAGAGCCAUAUUCCAGCUACAAGUCUACAAAAUGCCCCCAGAUAUGAACAGAACUGCCCUUUACCCACCCGAGAAGUGGAAGAUCAAUGGCGUUUUGAAUCCGGAGUACAAGUGUGGCCCUCCAAUCAGGGUUGAUGCAACAGAGUUUCCUGACUGGACUGGGCUUAUGUCCACGACCAGUGCUGUUGCAAGUUGGCAAGUGGUGUGCAACAUCACCCGUCCAAAGGUCAAGCAGUCGCGGUGCUGUAUUUCAUUUUCUGCAUACUACAAUGACUCUGCAAUUCCCUGCAAUACUUGUGCCUGUGGUUGUGAUGACACAGACACUUGCAACGCAAAUGCCCGGCCAUUGCUGCUCCCUUCAGAGGCUCUUCUCGUGCCUUUUGAGAAUAGAACAACAAUGGCUCAAGCUUGGGCUAAAAUUAAGCACUUCCCUGUUCCAAAUACAUUGCCAUGUCCAGAUAACUGCGGAGUUAGCAUCAACUGGCACAUUUCUUCUGAUUAUAGGGAUGGAUGGACAGCUCGGAUUACACUCUUCAAUUGGGAUGAUUACUCUUUCGAGGACUGGUUCACGGCAAUUCAAAUGAAAAAUGCUUUUCCAGGUUAUGAAAAUGUCUACUCCUUCAAUGGGACAAAGCUCCCAGAUCUCAACGACACCAUUUUCUUCCAAGGCUUGCCUGGUUUGAACUUCUUGAUGGGGGAGACAAAUGGGACUGAUCCCUUGCAUGAUCCGCGAGUACCUGGGAAGCAGCAAUCGGUGAUCUCUUUCAAGAAGAAGUUAACACCGGGCAUAAAUAUAGCGAGGGGAGAUGGAUUCCCAACCAAGGUGUUUUUCAAUGGGGAAGAGUGCUCACUUCCCCCCAAUUUCCCCACGGGAAGUGGGUCUCGGUCCCUUGUUAAUUUCCCACAGCUGAUUUUCCUCACAAUUGUGACCUUUGUACUGAUUGUGGAUCGCUUCCAUUAAGCCUGGUGGGAGGUUCCUCAAUCAAGCUGAUGCAUUUGUGGGGGGAAUUAGGAUAUUGAAUUGUGUGGAUUCCAUUCAUUAAUAAGAUCUCCUCCUUGAACAAAUUUACACUGUUCUCCUCAAAUUAUGGUUGUGUCAAACGUGGGGGCAACAUUUUCGGCAGUUUUGCUGAUAGGGAAUGAGAGAACUGUGCAGCCAUGAUUUUAAAGUCUUCGCUUAUUGUAAGAUGUCUUCAGAAGCAGAUGAAAAAUUGUAACAAAGUAACAAGAUAUUUAUGAUAAUUUGUUUGAAUCUUAUAGUCUACAAA